AUUUUUUUCAGAUUUCCAGAUGGUGGAGCAUUGCUCAUGCUUCUGUUUUAUAUUCCAUGUGGUCUGUUGCUUGUAGUAUUUAGAUUCUUCUUCGCGCUUCAACUUCUUCUUAUAAUGUCAAUUCUACCAAAAGAAUCGCUUGUAAAAAGGUAAAGACCAAAGCAUAACAACCCUUUCUCCCCUAAUGACGGGCAAUUAAAGAAAAACCUUGAAGAAAUAAGUAGUACCAGGCAAAAUUUGUACCAAAGAGGUUCCAUUUGAAUGGUAUUCUUAUAUCUUUCCAUUUAAUAAUUGUGGUGCAGUGGAACCUCGAUAAUAUAAUGAACCUCCAUAAGACAAAGUCCUCUGUAUAAUGGACAAUUUUCUUUGCCCCAGUAAUAGUAAAAUAUAUGAAAAAGAACCUUGUUAUAAGAAAACCUUGUUAUAGCGAACAAAUUUUUGUCAGUCCCAGCCCUUGGCCCUUCAUUAUACAUGUAUAAUUAUUGAGGUUCCACUGUAUACUGGGAUAAAAGUGUUAAGAUAUUGACGAUUAGCAUGUUAUUUUUAACAUGAUUUACAAGAAAAACGUUUUUUCGUAGGCUUCUAUUCAGGGUUUCCUCUGCCAUACUCGGAGUUGCUGUUACUCAAGAAGGAUAUGAAAAUUACAUUAAAGGCCAACAUAAGGUAUCAAUGUUGAUGUACGGUGUGUCAUUGUUAUUAUCAUAAUGAAGCUCAGCAAUUUUGGGCACUUUUUUGCAGUAAUCUUAAACAUUUUAGACUGGUAACAUUAGCCUAGCGCAAAUCCUGACUCGUCCCCAGUCGUCUCUAAGUUGUCUCUUCUCAUUAAAUAUUUACUAGGGAAGCGCUUGGGUUAUGUGCGCGGGGAAGAUGGGAAGGCGAGAGGAGGGGAGGAGGGAGUCUCUCCCUUCUCCCUUCUUCCUUCCCGUCAUUCCCUUUGUUAAAGAGCCCAUUCUAGUCUUCCACGCUGAAUACUAAUUAUGAGAGACGACUGGGGAUGAGUCAGGGGCAGAUCUAGAAGAUUCAAAAUGAGGCAGUCAUAAUCCCAACUGGGGAGGCAGGGAACCUUUGUUUGGGACCUACCUGUGUUGAAAAGUUUAGAUGGUUUUCCGGUGAUGGAAUUUGCCCAUAAAAAUUUGCAAAUUUCGGGGAGCGUUUGCAUCCAGAAUUGUAAGCUCUACAUUAUUAAUAUAGACAGAUAUAAUUAUAUUGGUCUUCAUUGGGUCACUACUUUUUAUGGUUGCUACUGAUAGUCAGUAGUAAAUGAUAGGACAAACCACAACUUCACUUGAACUGUAGCAUAUAAAGAGUGGGCGUGGGGGAGAGAGGUUCUUUCUCUCUCUUCCCCAUUCCCCCCAUGGAUGGUUAGGGGUGGAGAGGGCUGACAGUUCAGACCAGUAAUCAAUCACAAUGUACACUUGUAAAUGAGACAUUUGGGUGAGCACAUACUGCUGGUUGAAAAUGAAAUAAAGGUAUUUUUUGGAUCUUUUGGAUAUUAAUGGUGGUUAUUUUCAGGUUGUUAUCAGCAAUCAUGUUACAGCCUUGGAUAACGUUGCUAUAGAAACUAUUCUUCCAAGUAUCAUGGUUAGCAUUAAUUUUUUGUUUUGGCUCAUAAACUGGCCAAGUCCACUUAAAUAAUUUUAGUUUGCACAUUUUAAUCAUAUUUUUAAUAUAGUUUACAUCAUUCUGUUCAGUUCGUUCAUUUGUUUUUAUUUUAUUUUAUUUUUCUUGCUUUCCUCUCACAUAAGUGGCAAUUAUUUGAUAUAGCUUGUAUCUUUAUUUUAAUAUUGAAAAUAAAUUUCGAGGGCUCAAAAGUAAGCACCAUCCUGUUGUUUGAAACAAGUAACUUUUCUUGCUGGGCAAGUAACCUUUUAACUCACUUGUCCCAUGGGCAAGGGUCCAGGCAAAUCGAACAUCCUGUAACUAAAGCAUUAACUAAGAAAAACAGGCAAUGACCAUUGGACAGGCGAAGAGAGAACUGCUUGUCCAAAGUAGAUGACUUGAAAUUCAAGUUUUUUUUUCCGCCUUCUUUUGUUUAUUGUACACUAUUGAAAUAUACAAUGUAAUAUCAGGCAAAUUAAAUUGACAGCUGUACCAUCCACCCUUCAUUAAAUAUGCAACCUCUUCUAGGGGUAUAGAAUGGUACUUCAAAAAACAUGGGUGUUGGAAAAUUUUGGCCUGAUCUGGAAAUCCCAGAAGUGUUGAUGGUUCGUGAAGUUUUGUUUUCAGGUAAUUUUUGUGUCUCGGAGUCUCAAUUUUUUUUCUGCUGAUGGAUCUCGGAUUCAAGGAUUUGUCAUUUUUUCCUUCUAUUUGAUCUUCAGGAGUUGAAUUUUACAGAGUUCCUGGGUGCAGCUUAUUGAAUUGAGCUAAUAAUAGCUUAAGACAGUAAAGCAAGAAGCAUUUAUGUAUUGUUGGGCUAUUGGUGUUUUCAGUCACUUUAUUUAGCUUUGUUUGUACCAUUAUCUUGAAUUUUUUUGGCGCUUAAGAUCUCGGGCUUGGGUUUUUUAGAAGUCUGGACUUAGAAUUGAUAAAAAUCUCUAAGUCUUGGUCUCAAAUAUUGGAACCAGGGUGUGACAGUCUUGCAAAGUCUUGAAUUUACCAUUCUAUGCCCCUUGUACUGUAUUUUAGUGGAUGGUUUUUUGGUUAGGUAGAUCAUCUGACCACAUUUAGUUCAGGUUCCAGGAAAUCAUACAAUGUAACAUUGUUGUUAUUAUUCCCAGCCGUUUAGCAAAUGUGAUUGCCCAUGGCUUGUAAAGUGGAUCUUAGGCUACCAGGAAUUUACUUCUGACAAAGACAGAGAAAAUAUAGAUGAUAACAUUAAAGAAUAUUUACAAGGUACAGAUCUAGACAGCGAACUGUGUCAUGUUAACUUCAGGUUAUUAUUUUUCAUGAUAUUAAUAGUCACUCAGAUUAUUUUCUUUGGUUUAAUUGAGGACAAGAGAACAUGGCUGCUUGUACUUGACAAAAUGUGUUUAAAUAAUCACAUUUUUAAUAAUUUUUAUUGCAAUAAAAGGCAAAUGUUGAAAUUCGUUUUGCUUCAAAUAUUCAAGAUUUAUUUACACAUGAUAGUACAGUAUAUAAUAAUGAAUUUUAGUGAGUGAGAGUUGUUGUGUUGCAGCAGUGGUAUAAUAAAAUUUUCCUUUCUAUUUUUUUAGAAUCAGUAGAAUCCUCACUUUUCUUUCCAUUUAAUGACUUUGAUGUAUUAUCUUGUCAGACCACUGUUUAUUUUUGGCACUUUGUUCUAGGUUAUUUACUCUAUCAACAAUAUUACUAUAAUUAUACACUGAUUCCUCCCAAUUUGUUAGAAUCUAGUACCCCUCUUCUUGUGUUUCCUGAAGAACAAAUCACUAAUGGAAAAAGAGGACUCAUGAAAUUUAGGUAAGUGUCAUAAUAUUAUAGUAAGGUGUUCUUCCUGUUUUGGAAGGCCGGGUGUCACAAGGUUACCAAAUAAUCUGGAGCUUUAGCAGUGAUGAUGGUGACGGCAACGAGAACAGCUCAAAAAAGCAGGAUUGUUAGCUUAACAAAACAACAACUCUGCACAUGCAUCAUGCUCAUGCUUUUUUGUACAUGUCUUUGCUGUUGUUGCACGACUACAAUGUGACACUUCCUAAUUUCAUGUUAUAUGAAAGACGUGAACACGAGACAAUGAUUUAAUUUUUCUUUCUCUGAAAUUAGAUACAGUCCCUUAGAAUUCAAUUCCAGAAAAAUUUGCCAACAUUUGACAAAUUGAACAAGAUGGAAUAAGAGCGAAGAAGUUUGAAGCAGUACGAAUUCACUUUUUGUAUGACGUUUUUAGCUCCCCAAUACUGGAUGAACUGCCAGUACAUGUAUCAUAUCAAAACAUUCCAGUUAUUUGUAUAAAAGAGGAAAGAAGGAAAGGUUAUUGCCAUUUGGAAAGUGUUUUGUGUCACGUGGUGUGUGAAGUAUGUGUUCUGCAUGAUAAAUUUCUUGUCUUCAGAGAAGCCUUAACAUAAUAGUUUACACUUGUUUACUUAUCUUUGUUGUUUGAUUUAAUCUGAGUUGUUUGAUAAUUCUGUUUCUUUUGUAGCCCUUGGGGUUUUCAAUUCAGCAGCACUGUACUUCCUGUAAGUAUCUAGAAAAAUUUAAUAUCAGCAGGAGUUCAGUUUUCUUUUGACGUAUACCGGUAGGCCUUAUCCACUUUUAGUUGAGUAUUUAUUGUAAUCCCCAGUGAGAAAAAUCAAGCAGUUCUUCUAAAGAAAAAAAAAUGUUGGUUAUUUUACAGGCUUUAAUCUCAGUGAGACGUCCUCUGAUUAUCCAGAUACCUGCAGUAAGUUUCUUGCUUAAUCAUGACUAUAACAAAAUUCUCAAAUCUGAUUGGUUCUCAACUGCCCUGAUUUCAGCCUUAAUAGGACAGUUUAAUAGGACAGUACGCGUCAUGCCUAAGUAAUUGGACAAUACGCGCCAUCACGCGUGCGCUUAAAUGGCUUUUUUUUUUCAUUGCUAGCAAAAAAAUAUUGGAAUUUCAUGUUUUUUGAUUUAAAAAGAGCCCUAUAUAUCACAAAUUUUGUUAAAGUUAUGAUUAAUUGGUAACAGAACUUCGUGUCGUCCAAUUCGGUCUGUAAUCAUACUCGUGAUUAAACAAAUCGGACUCCCGCUACGCAGUCGUCCGAUUUUGUUAAUCACUCGUAUGAUUACAGACCGAAUUGGACUCCACUCAGUCCUGUUACCAUUACUUAUAUACUGAUUUCCAGUUUAUCCCUAAUAAGCUGAUCCAUGGGUCUUUUGUAGUAAAAACUCAAUCAUUCAGUGAACAAGGUUGUGCUCGUUUUAUGCCACCACAUAAAUGUAUCUGAUGAGAAAGUGCAAUUUCCAGCAAUUUUGGAUUGAGUUUUGUUCUUUAGUGAACUUACGCAAAAGGACAGCAGAGGAAAGAAGACGGCAAACCUUGUGUGACAAGUGUAAUCAACACUGAUGCCUUAUAAAAAUUCUGCCAAACUUCAACUUCCUUUAAACAGGACUUUUUUAAAAAGUCCAGGUCACAG